UGUUAAUGUUGUUGUAUAUAAAAGUAAAGUUGGAUUUCACAUAGUUUUAUAGUUAAACAUUCAAGCACUAAGAUUCAGGCUCUGAAAAAAUACGAUUAUUCCCUUAAAAUCUCUGCUUAUUUGCCUGUCGUGUAAGUUUUUUAAAGGAAUUUAAUAAUGAAAAGAAAUGAGGUGAGAGACAGGCGAUCAAGAAGAAAAGUGUUUAGUUGUGGAAAGUUGGAAUGAAGACACCUUCUCUCGUUCUAUCUCUUCUUCUCUGUGCCCCUCUAUUAUCGGGUAUAGUAGGAGAGAUAACGAAAAUAUCUCAUGAUAUAACAUACGUGGACGAUAGCGAUGUAUCAUUAAGUAAACUACGAGUACGUCGAGACGCAAAAUUAACGUCGGCGCAGAAGAGCGAAGCGUUGAAUUUUCACAACGAAUUAAGAGCUGGCGAACCAGCAAAGAAUAUGAGAGAAAUGGUAUGGGAUACGACGUUGGCCACUAUGGCUCAAAAAUGGGCUGAAGGAUGCGAUUUCAUUCACGGUCAACCAAAAGGUUUUACUACAGGUUUUUCAAGUUUAGGACAAAAUCUUUUCAUCACGACUGGAACAGCCAGCUUCACUUCUGCAAUUAGAGCAUGGCAUAACGAGAAAAAGAAUUACGAUUACGAGAAAAUUAGAUGCAACAAAAGUCCAUGCGGACAUUAUACUCAAGUUGUAUGGGCAGAAUCAACGAAUCUUGGAUGUGCACUACAUAAAUGUACCAAUUUGAGGGAUAGUUCAGAGAAUAGACAAAUAGGCAAGGGCGAAUAUAUUGUAUGCAAUUACGGACCACCUGGCAACUAUGCGAAUACAAAAAUCUACGAAAAGGGUGUCCAAUGCACUGGUUGUCCUUCUGAAGCGCCCAUGUGCCGAAAAAAGCUAUGCAGUACCUGUAAAUCUGGCUCGGAUUGUACGUGUAAGAUUUUCUGCGCAAAUUGUGGCGAAAAGAAAUCAUCUUGCGGUUGCACCUGCAAACCCGGAUUUACUGGCGAUGAUUGCGCGAAAGAAUGUAAAGACUACGAUAGUAAAUGCGGUAAAAGUCCUGGAUAUCCGAAAGGCAGCUGUAAUCAUGCGCAGUUUAAGAAUUUAGUACAGGGAAGAUGUCCAGCAUUGUGCGGAAUUUGCCAAACUGGAAAGACCGACACGAAAAACUGCCCUAAAGAACCUCCAAAGGAGAAUGGCGGUGGCGGUGGCGGUGGCGGUGGCGGUGGAGGUAUAGAUUGUUCAUCUCACUCUUGUAAGAAUGGAGGAAAAGCGGCUGCUAGUGGCAAUAAAUGUAUAUGCAAAUGCACAGCAAAUUACUACGGAAAAACUUGCGCAAAGAGUAGAGAAAAGUUAAAAGUUGGAAUUCGCUUAUACAUGAGAACUUCAUUAUCAAAGUGGGAUCAAAUUUGGACUGCCAUUAAGCCGAAAGUCGCUGCAGCUAUUAGUAGACUUUGCAGAAAGACAAAAUACUUUUCCCACUGCUGCAAAGGAAAAAAGCCGAAAGGAGAAUCAGAGUAAGUAUAUAUAAUCUAUUGUUUAGGCGUAUAGUGUAAACAAAAGAUGGAAACAGUCGUUAAACAAAUAUUAUAUAAUAUUGAAAAGACAAAUUGGUAACUCUUAAUGCUCUGCAAACUAUUUUCCUGCCUUGCUGCUUUCCUGCCUGUUUUUACGCUUUCAUGCUUUCCUGCCUCUUCAUAAAGAGGAGGUAUUAUUUUUUAUUGUCCCAUAUUUUGGAGAGUAAUUUUUAUCAAUAUUGUUCGUACUUAUUGAUUCUACCUACCGCUGAAUGAUUAUUUUGUAGCGUUCCAUUCCGUGUGUCGAUUACCCCUGAAACUGGGACUAGAGUAAAGGUUUUUUCCAAUAAAGAACAUUUACGUCACGAAACCAUUUCGAUCGGUUAAAAAACAAAAAGCUUUCUCUUAAAAAACAUUCUCUCUACUUGAAUCGUUCAGCAGCGGAAGAGUAGAAAUGGUCGAUUUGGUCGAAUAUUCUCUCUUUUUCUUAAUUAUCAUCGAUUAAUUGCCGCUGAUUUUUUUCUAGAGAAAUAGGAAGAAAUUUAGGAAAAACGUUGAAAUAAACUUUCUAAAAGUCUUUUUCAACAACCUCUCAACGUCUGGAAUAAGUCUGUAAAACACUCCAGUUCAACUCUCCCUCCGCUUAAACGCUUUAAUAAUCAAAUAAAAGAGUGACGAACGAGUUCCGACUAAUAGUCGCUAUUGUUAUCAUUAUAAGUUCUAAUUAGAGCUUACUUUUAUUGCUCUUUGAUAAUGUUUCUCCCUCUAUCUUCUUCUUCCUCGUCUCUCUCUCUCUCUCUCUCUCUUUCCCUUUAUUUGGCGAAGUAUUCCGAUUAAAACAAUAGAAAGGUGAAAAUAUGUUUCAAUAUAUCUUUCCCGUUAAACGUUGAUUGAUUGCUAAAGAACGCUUGCAGUAUCGCACAUUACGUUGUUUGAUCGCGUUCAAACAUUCUUUUUGAACAAUUGUUUACCAUUGAUUGAACAAGCUUAACCAACUAAAGUAUAUUUAUAUUUUUAUUAUACUAAUCUACUGUCUUUUCUUUUUGUCUUUGUGAAAAAUUUGCACCUAUUUACUACUUACAACGGGAAAGGAAACAAAAAUAUGCAUAUAAGCAAUUAAAACGAAUACUAUAUGAUUAUAAAAUAUCUCUAAUCCUUGCUGAAUUUUUCAGAUUGGCUGCACUACAAUAUCUAACAUCUAAUCAACUUGAAGUAGCCGACGGCUAUCCCGAAGAAGUCGAAGGGAGGACUGGCGUUAUUAGAGCCCUUCUCUACGCUAGACCAAACUUCCAGAACGACCUGUGUUCUAAGGGAUCCACAUCAAAAAGGAAGAAGAGAAGCCUAGAUGAUUUCCUGCCUCAAAACGUACUAGAAGAUGCAAUAAAGGAGGCAAAGUCGGAAAUCGAAACGGAGGCAAAGAAUUGUUGCGAUGCAGUUUUGGAUGAAAUCGAAAAGCCAGAUCCAAACGAAGGUUUAGGUUCAAAAGCGCCGACUAUGAAAUUCAGUAUAGUCGUAGGUUUACUAUCUAUAUUUAUAUCAUUGAUAUGUUUAUAAGAUUUAAACCGAAUUAUUGACGACAGAAGAACAUAAAGAAACUGCACACCUUUUAUAUUUAUUCUUGCAUUUUCGUAUUAUCUAUUGUAACUUUCUUCCUUUAGAAAAUUUCAAAUUCUUCUCCAAGAACACAUUAUCAUUCUCAACCCUUCUUUCUCACCUGGAAGAGGGAACUGUAGAUGAAUGAUCAAUCUAUUAUAUUGUUUAUUUUUAACAUUUUUCUACCUUUUUUAUGUGAUUGUUUUUUCUUUAGAAGAUUUGCAAAAAGACCGAAAAUACUUAUUGUCUUACGAAAUUUAUGUGAUAAGAUAUGAUAACUCUAUGUCAAAGUCUUUCUUCAAUAAAUCAAUAUAAUUCUAAUUUAGUCUAUUAAACAAACAAACAAACAAACAAACAAACAAUCUUGUUACAUUUACUUUAAUGAUUGGGAAAGAAGAGGGGACACACUUCAAAGCCUGAUCUUCAAUUUCAUCAUCACCACCACCACCCCUACCAUUACAAUCCCGCACAAAUAGACAUGCAACAGAGUCAUGUCUUUUUAAAGGUAAAUAGCAGCAGCGAGGCGUUUAUAAUUGAAAAUUUAUGAAAAUUGCACAAAAGAAACUUUGUUUUGUCUACUUUAAAGAAUAGAAAGAAUUUGCUUUGAAUGAAAAGUUUUUAAGAUAUUAUAGAUUCAUCAUUAUCUCAGAAAUAAUAGAUUAAUUCAAAACUAUUAAAGUUGAAUGAUGAUCGAUGCUGGAGGGCAAAGACGUUAGGGUUAGGGUAAAGAAAUUGAGGAGAUAAAUAUAUACUACAUAACUACACAUUGAAAUUGACAACAAAGACUGAUAUCGGGAACCAAUAGGUUACUAUCAACUAAUUGACAUAAUGAAUACUGUAACUAUCUACAGGCUAUACAGUAUACAAUUAAAAAACCGAUAAAUACGACCCGUACAGACUAUCGGCUUCAUUUGUCCUCUAACUAUUUAAUGAAUUCACUGGCCACAGAACCCUUUGAAAUACCUAACUAUAGAGAGAGAGAGAGAGAGAGAGAGAGAGAGAGAACAGGUAAAACAGGCAGGAAUAAGGCCGAUUAAAAUAUUGAAUUAUAGGAAUUAAUUUAAACAAAUUGGCUGUUAAGCAUUUAUUUAUUGUUAUUACAACCAACCACAUGUUUUUUAAAAAGUGUUUAAAGAAGAAAACCACCAAUAGUCUAACGUUAGUUUCUAUAGGGCGUUUACCUUAACUUGAGGUAUUUUCCAAUAAAGUUUGAGUAAUAAUAGAUAAGAGAGAAGGGUGAAAAAGUAGGAAUUGCAAUAGUUUCAGGGAUAAACAGGCGAAAUGAAAUAAAAAGAAAAGAAUUUAUUAAUAAACUAAGCAUUGAAAAUUAUUGAAACGUUUUAAAAAAUUCACGUGCCAAUUAUUAGUUUAGAUGGACGUGAACAAUAGGAAAAUUCUAGGUAACUAACCUUCUCUUCUUUACCUAUCCAUCUAUCCAUCUAAUUCUUCGUCAACAACCUAAAAAGAACGAUAUAAAAAGCAAUGAUCCAGGCACUAGUUUUCUUUUUAUUUUCCCCUUCUCUUCUCCGUCAUUGCUGUGUUUGCACAAUUAAACAAGUAAACAGAUAAUAGAAUCAGGUAAAUUAUUCGAAUAAUUCAAAGUCGAUUAAUUAAUAAACUGAGGCCUUUUUGAAUAUGCAUUUGCGGAGUAAAGGGGUGGAAAUCUUUUAUAGAAUAAAUUCAAUUUUAAUAUAUAAAGGUUACGGCUAAAAAUUGAUCGAAAACUAUACAAUAACUUUUAUAUGCGUUAAAUCAACAACGUUAAAACUUUUAUCGAUUUAGACUAUUAUUAAUUUUUUAACGGGUAACUUUGAGGCGUCUCUUCGAGCAUCUCUCUAUUGUCGUUCAACUAAUUAAUGAUCAACACUUAAUCUUUAAUGUUAUUAGACUAUUAUUUGUUUAUUAUUUUUUUGUUUCUGUUUAUGAUUGCUAUUCUCUUAUUCAUUCGGUUAUGAUCAUGCAUAACCGAUGGCCAUCAAACAGAGUAAAUAGGCUCGUAUGGAAGACUUUUCUCUACUUUUUAACGCUUCUACAAUAGCUGGCGUCCUCCUCCGUUCCUUUAGACUUGUGGAAAGCAGAGGUCAUUGUCAUGUCUCU